AUGUUUGAAAACACAGUGCGUACCGGGCAUUUAAGGACUGAAAACGCACGAAUAUCUUGUACCUUGAACAUUCGGGGCUCCAAGCGCCUUUCGAAUGGGGGUCGAAUGCAUACCGCGCAUAUUAAGACCGAGAAUGAGCGAUUGUCGUUGAUCUUGGGCGUCCGACGGACCGUAAACGCAAAACGUGCCCUGCAUAGUUCACAACGUCGGCGGAUACUUGAGUUGUACUUGAGGGCAGCACGAGUUGGCUUUCAAACUCCGCCGCGACCUCCGAAAGAAGCACAGGUUGAUUACAAGUUGACAGGUUCCAACGACAUGGCCAGUGCAAAAAUACGCGCUUGUGGAAUGACUAACAAGUUCAACCACGCAAACCCCGCUCAUCCAACAAGCCGUCGCCGCACUUUCAGAUGCUGGAGAAGGUUACCCGCUAAUGUUCUCAUUUUUACAGUACUAAAUUUCAAUAACAUGGAACGUGAAGAAGGUCCAAGGAAGGUAUUCUUGAGAACGAAAUGUAAACCCCCUAACAUUUGGUCAAAAGUUGAUGUAGCAACAACAGGACCGCCACUGAGGCAACCCCAGGCUUCAUUUGCGACGAUGUUGAAUGGGUACACAGCUGGCCUUGAAAACCGCGUGGCUGUCUAUUCCCAUGUACCCCGUAAAUUGUAUGUUGGAGGAGCGAUCGUUUACGUCCUUGAUUACGGAUUCAAGUCGUACAGCCCCUAA